AUUGCGCUUAAACCAAGGUACACGGACGAUCGAUAUACUCAUCUAUCUUUGAACUAUGUAAUCGGACAGGUCAUACGUGUUUAUGGAUGCUUCAAUGGUUGACAGCUGUCAAUCGCACAUAGACAAAACCCAAUCAAGCACUCGCUUUUUGGCCUCCAAGUUUUGCGCUGGUCCAACACAGGUAUCGCACACCAACACCUACUCCUUUGUUCAGAUGUCCAGGUAUUCUUUCGAUAUAACCGGCAUGGCGUCCAGCUCCGUCAGCCAGGAGGAUUUUGACAAUGACUUUGAGCUGACUUCCAGAAGGUCUAGGAUCAGAACAGCCAGAGCAAGAGUUGUUCCACCCAGGGCAGGAGAUUCCUCUUCCAUAAAUUAUCAAAAGAAUGCACAGAACGCAGAAGAAUCUCAAGGUGUAUGCGACACAAGCUCAAACAGUGUGCUUCCACCUGAUCAUGAGAAUCAGCAGAACAAACCGAUAAUGAGAAAACAGGACAAACGGGUGACUGGCCGUGUCUUCUUUAGUGUCGUAUCCUGUUUGCACAGGCCAACGCACAUAAACAAGGGAAAGCAGCAGCGUGAUCGACGGAAACUUCGAGAAAAGCGACGAAGUACAGGAGUAGUACAUUUGCAAUCGACGGAGAGUACAGGAGGUAGUACAGGAGAAGAUGAGGAAGAUCUUGAAACUAAACACAACACACAUCACAAUGAGUUCCUUGAUCAUGAACUCAUCGAAGAACGGACAGCAAAAAUGUUUACACAAAGGCGAAACAAAAGGCAUUACCGUACUUCCUACAGGUCAUGUAUAAAUAGGCACAGUUGCCACUCCGAUUUGGAGGCAGAUGACGAGGAAUUCGAUUCCCUGAAUCAAUCCGACAGUGUCACUCAAUCGGAUCAUGGAAAUCAUGAGCCACCAACAUCUGUGAACGCAGCUAGUACGCCGAGAUUGCCUACGCCAACUGGAGAGAAUCCGCAUGAAGUACAAUCUAUACUAUUUCAUUCACAGGAAGAAAACAGGAGGCUAUUAGCUCUUCUGGAUAAUCGAGAUCACACAAUAAUGAUUCUUAAGGCCCAGUUGUUGCAGCAGCAGCAUGAAAUGGCUCUAGAACGGGAACAGCUUCGAGAAGAGAACGCCGCGUUAAUUCGCGCUAUGGCAGCUCUGGCGAGUAAUUAAUUUUCCUUAUUCGCGGGGGCAAUCUGGUCUAUUGAUCCCAGGAUCAAUAUUAGAAAUCAUGGAUCAGCAGUUGCGAAAAGCUAUAUAUACACGUACAUAUACCGAUAGUUUGUAAGUAAUUGUGAAUUUACCUGUUAAUAAUAGCCGAGAGAAUAGCGAAACGAUUUUAAAGAGAAAGAAUAAUUUACGCAGCAACAGAAUCAGGGUAAGUUACGUAGUAUAAUUAACAAGCUCUCGAUUUCUGUGUAUCACGUUUUUUUGCAACAAGUAAUAGAUCGACGAGUAUACGUAAAUACAGGCCAUUAUAAUAAUUAGAACCGCUUCACCCGUAGAGCUUCUCAUUUACGCGAAUUUUUCGUGCAGUAU